CCUUGUCUUUUGGGGGGACACCAUGGUGGGGAGGCUCAGCUUGCCUCCGGUGGCCGAAGCGGAGCUGCCAGAUGCCAAGAGGGGUCUGGACAGCCCAGACUCUGGCUUGCCCCCCAGCCCAAGCCCUGGCCCUUGGGGGGUGGCCAGUGGGGCAGGACUGGUGGCCAAUGGGCUCCUGGAGGCUGAUAGCCAAGCCUCCAAGGCUUCAUCAGCCAAGGAUGUCCCAUCUUUGGCUACCCCUCUGCUCCCCGGUUGCACCUCGCGGUUAUGCCCGCUGUCCUUUGGAGAAGGAGUGGAGUUCGAUCCCUUGCCACCUAAGGAUAUAAGGUACACCUCUUCGGUGAAAUACGACUCGGAGAAGCACUUCAUAAACAAUAUCUAUAUGCCCAUGGGGCUCGGGGUUUCCACUUGCAGCCAGACGGUCAUCUGCGUUCCCGACAGCACAUGGCGCAACUACAAGGCCGAGGUCCGCUUCCAGCCACGCAACAAGGCCAGGAAUUUCACCAGCACCACCAUCAUCUACCCAAAGCACACUACGACCGUCUACACCACCACACUGGAUUACAAUUGCCGAAAGCACAUGCGGAAGUUCUUGUCCAGCGUGGAACUGGACACCCGUCAACACUGUGCAGAAUUGGGCACAUAUGUGGACAAGCAACAUCCGGCCGCGGUCAAGGUGGCAAAAAAUGAUAAUGAAUAG